AUGGCUUAUUGGGAAGCGCUACCACCGCCUGGUGAAAAUGGUCCUAAGAAGCGGGGAAGGGUUAGUGUUGACAAGCGCAGACGCGAUCAAGGCCUUUUGUUCACCACUGGGAAGACGUGUCCGGUGGGGUUGAACGAUGAAGGAACGCGAAUCUUGAAUGAUUUUGCGGAUAGGUUCGGUCUGAACCCAACAUCCCAGGAGAUUGCUGGUGGUUCAAGUUACACUAUUGACGAUGUUCAAUCAUGGUUUCGCGAGAAGAGAGAGGCACGGAAUGGGAGCGGAAGGGCUGCGAGAGCCUUAGCUGUAAAAGCCAAAGCCAAUUGGUUGGCUUCAGUCAAGUCUUUCAUGAGGACGAGGCGGCAGUUGACUGAGGAAGGGCUGCGUAUUUUGAACGAAUUCAAGCAAGAAUAUGGACCCAACCCAACGUACGAGCAAUGCAAGGGGCUGCUCAGUCGAGUUGUGGAAACGAUCACUACACAGCUGAAUCCGAACCUGGCUCUCCCUCCACUGCCAGACGAGGGCGACCGUCGAAGUGGAAAGGCUUCAAUAUGGAAGGAAAUCGCCACGCAGGAAACAUGCCACCUGGGCGCUCUGCGUCAGUCGAGCAGAGCUCCGGCAUCGUCUGAAGAAGACGGAGAACCGCGCGACUCUGGCGAUGACCCUGCGGCGUCAGGCGAAUCAUAUACUACUCGAGGGUCCAUGAGAGGAGUUGACGAAGAGCUCGACGAAGGGCGACGACCGAGUACGCCAGAUUUGCCGGGGAGCAGGGGUAGUGUUUCUGAAGAGGAUGUAGAUGCCAAGGUGACUAAGGAUGAAUCGGCGGAGCAGCUUCUUGGUGCCACGUCGCUUGCGCCAGAUGGGCCGCCAGACCAGCUUGAUCCCUUGAACUCCCUGCUCCCGACCGAAUCUUCUUUUCCGUCCACUCCCAUUGAAUGCAAUAGCUUUGAAGAACGCGAUCCAGAUCUCGACGCCAUGGUGGAAAAUAUCCGCGAGAUCCUGGCUACAUACCCCUCUGUUGCUGCUUCUCAGGCAGGACUAAAUCCCCAAUCCCCUUCAUUCUGGGAGCCGUAUACUCGACGAGUGCAAGCUCUCACUUACCCGUUUCGUUCUUGA